CUCGAGUUUAUUUAGUUUUUAUUUAUGAUUUUUAAAUGACAUUAAGUGCCUUAAGAGGAAAUACAACAAAUCAAUAUUUUGACACGAGAUUGAAUUGCAAAGAGUCGCAUUGAAAGUAGCAGAUGACAGAUGUUACGGCAGUCAAGGGUUAACUUUAACAUGGCGCCAACAUAGACAAUGUUGGCUAAACAGCGCAGCUAACAGCGGUGGCUGCUGCUCUCUCUUUUCCGCUCCUGCGCCACCGUCUCUUUCGCAUUGCUCAGUUGCUCGGCGGAAGAGCACGUCCUGUUUGGCUUAGUUUUUAGUCCUUCUUCGAACGCGCUGCCCACGAGUCACGAGUUCGAUAGUACGCAGGGAUUUGAUUUCCCACUCCCAGUCACAUACGUUUUUUUUCCAGUGUUUGUGCGCGUGUGUGCAAAUAGGAGCAGGAGCAACAUAACACAAACACAAGCUCAAUGCUCAAUAUACAUAGUACAUAUUUGCAUGUGAAGUGAACUGCUUACAGCUGUUCGAUUGCAACUCUGCGCGAUCUCCAUUUCGGUUUAAGAGUUGUCCAUUUGAACCCAUUCCGAGUAAUAACAAUACUGCACAGACAAUAAGUGAACUGAGAAAACGGGAGCUGCGAACCGCUGAAAAACGUUGCACCCACCACCGCCUCACCGCUCGCCCGCUUGUUUAAAGCUAAUGCCACCACCGCCCACCACCACUAGAACUACUUUCACAACAACCACUAUUGCCACUAUUGCCACCACCAUCACGACCAUCACCACCAAGAACCAAGAACCAAGAACCACAACCACCAAUUACCAGCCUCGACCUGUACCACAUCACAAUGAACAAAACCAAAAACCAAAAAUCAAAAAAUAUCAAAUAAAGAAAGAAAGAAAGGCAGAGCCCAGAUUCCAAGUCCACUUGUCCAAAAUGUCGUCAGUCGAAAAAUUUCCCCAGUUCGUUUGAUGCGUUCGUUCCUUCGUUCGUUCGUUCGUUCGUUCGUUGUGUUUGCCAAGUUCAAUUUUGUUGUACUCGAAUUCCCAACUGGCCAAUAACCAGAUUUGGAAUCCAGAAUUCGGAAUUGGCGAACCAGAAGCCAAAAGCUGAACAGUAACAACAACAGCUAACAGACAAACAAACAACCAGCAGUAUAAAUCGAAACCUUAACCCAAUCUAAAUAUAUAUCCAUCCAAACCUAAAAGUGUGUCUAAUCACCAAUUCUUAAUGUAAAAUUCUCUUUAAACUAAAUAAUCCAAACACGAAUCACACAAACCAAAAACCAAAAUCUAAACCAAAUAAUCGAAUCGAAACGAAACGAAUCGAAUCGAAACGAAAUCGCAGACCCAGGCAAAACUCACAUUGACCACCAAGCAUAUGAGCUUGUGGCUAAAGGUGUCUCCGGCAUCGACUUGUUUCAUGUUGUAACUCGAGGAUUUUCGUUUAUUGGCAACAAUAAUGGUCAGCACAACAUUGACAACACUGACUGCUGGACAAACAACUAGUAGCAGUAAUCACCAUCACCACCACAACAAUCACCACCAGCAGCAGCAGCAUCAGCAGCAGGAUCAGUCGCAUCAGCAGCAGCAGCAGCAGUCGCAUCAGCUACUGCCCUACCAGCGACUGCAACCACACGCAGCAGCAGCAGCAGCGGUCAACCAGCAACGCGGCUUCUACGCUCUGAACGGCAGCCUUGAGAUAGACUGCGACAGCAGCAACAUCAGCUACCAGCAGCAACAGCAGCAGCAGCAACAGCAACCCCCGCUAAUCCUGUCGCAAGCUUUGCUGUCGCCUUCGCCGCCGCUCAACGAUCAGAUCAGUUUGCUUUUCCCCAAGUGCCGACCCAAGCAGCAGCAGCAGCAGCAGCAGCAGCAGCAGCAGCCGCCGCAGCAGCAACAUCAUCAAGCGACACAGCAGCAACAUGCACUCCUGGCGGACGUGAAUACGAACAGCAACAGCAACAGCAACAGCAACAGCAGCAGCAGCAGUCCCACAUCGGCAGCAGUUGCUGGAGAGCCGUUGGCCAGCGUUAGUCCGCCGCCGCCCAAGGCCACGCCCACGCCGACGCCCACGAGCACGCCCAGCUAUUACAAGAGCGUGAACAUCAUAACGCAAUCGCCGCCGCCGCAUUCGGCCUCAUCGCACUCCUCCGAAUCGCUGUCCUCGGUGACGCCGCGCAUCUCCACAAAUCCCUUCCUGUGCGCACCGCUCACACCGCCCACACCGCCGCACCACCACCACCAGCAGCAGCAGCAACAGCAGCAGCAACAGCACCUGCAUCUGCAACAUCAGCAACAGCAACAGCAGCAACUGGAGCUGGACACCUCGGGCGAGGCAGCAGUGGAGCGAAGCAGGAGCGGAGCGGCCGGCGAAGAGCCCGACUGUCCCGCCUCCUUUUACUACCACACGGUGGGCGAUAGUAGGCGUGGCCCCGGCUGCUACGUGGAAAUGCCACGCAAACGUAGUGGUGCGUUGCCCGCCAGCAACAGGCAGCAGCAGCAACAGCAGCAACAGUUGCACAACGGCAAUGGCAGCCAGAAUCCAUUUAUCAAGGAGAACUAUUGGGAGGCGCCGCCCACAAGAGCCAGCUUGCUGCUCCAUUCGCCCACGGAAUAUGCCGAGGAGCAACAACAGCAACAACAGCAACAUCAGCAUCAGCAGCAGACACAGCAGCAACAGCAACACCAGCAGCAACAAACACAGCAGCAUACACAACAGCAACAGCAGCAGCAGCAACAACAUCUGCAUGCCUCAGCCAGACGAGCUUACCACCAGCAGCGGGAACAGGUGUACGGUAUCAGCCAGCGACCGCAACAGCAGCAGCAGCAACAGCAACAGCAACACAUAUUGCGGGUGGGACGAAGUCCGGUGAAUCGCAGCUUUCCCCAGCAGCAGCAACAGCAACAGCAGCAGCAGCAGAUUGCAGCCCCCAGAAGCAAUCCCUGUGCCGAUGGGUUGACUCCUUUGGCCAGUCACUACCUUUAUGGCAGCAAAUCCUCGCUGGAUCAGCAUCCUGGCGAUUGGGAGCCGCGGGAGCAGCGCAAACUGAGGCUGCGCGAGGAGCGGGAAAGGGAAAGGGAUAGAGAGAGGGAGCGGGAGCGGGAGCGGGAGCGAGAGCGGGAAAGAGAGCACCUGUUGCUGGAGCAGCAGCAGCAGCUGCAACUGCAGGAGGUGCAAGCGGCCAGGGACAACCACCUCAGCCAUUUGGCGGGUCAGCAGCAGCGAAAGCGACAUGUUUACGGCGAGGAACGGGAACGCGAGCGGGACAUGGAGCGGGAUCACCGCCUGGUCAAUGGAAACGCAGAUCCCAACGAAAGCUGGCAGCAUCUGCGCGUUACGACCGAAACGUUGGCGGAGGAGGGCGGCAAGCCAGGCAAGCCGAUGGAUAAGGAUAAGGCCCAGCUCCAGAUGCAGAUGCAGAUGCAGAUGCAGAAUCUGAACCCAGGGCAGAACCUGGAGGUCAACGUCUACAGGGAGAACAAGUUGGACGCCUGGAAGCUCGAGCGCAACUACACGCUGGCCGUGGAGUCGCGCCACGGCAUCAUUGAGUACGAAGGUUCGCCCAGGCGCAUUGGAGUAACCACCAACAAUUUUGGGGCCUUGACGGCAGCAGCAGCAGCAGCAGCAACAGCAGGAACAGCAGGAGCGGACGAAAGCGAACCACCAGCAACGGCAGAAGUGGCACCCACACCACAACAGCAACAACUGCAGCAGCAAUUGCAACAGCAGGUUCCCAUGGCCGCCGUUCCACCGCUGAGCUCCACGGCCACCUCGCUGCAAAAGACGGCGGCUCGGGCAGCACUCGCCGCCCUUGCCCAGACCCACCCCCACAACUCCCACAGCAUCCUCAGCUCCCUGAUACCACACACCUCCAACCCCAACUCCAACCCCAACUCCAAUCCCAGCCCCAAUCCCAAUCCCAAUCCCAACCCACUGAACCCCGGCCAGGUUCACUCGCAAACACAGCAGACCAUGCAGAACUAUCCCGUUCGCCCGGGCUUUCCACAGCGCAUCAUUUCGCCGCCUAAUCGUGAGCCUUGUAGCAGCUCCCCUCCCCUGCAGCAGCAGCAGCAUCAGCAAUUGCAGCAACUUCAGCAGCAGCAGCAACAGCAGCAACAGCAGCAGCAACAGCAGCAGCAACAGCAGCAGCAACACUUUGCCAGUCUGAUGAGCAACCACAGUAACAACAACUCAAACAUCAACAAACAACCGCUGAGCAGCGACAACAAUGCGGAGGACACCAGCAACGAUGUGUCCGAGAUUGGCACCAUAUCCGACCUGACCACUCCGGAGGCACUGGGCCUGGCCAUCGGAGCCGCCGGCGAGGUAGGCAGCCGGGCGGCCACGCCCCCCCAAGCCCCUACAGCCGCGUUCGCGGCACUAGCACCACCGACAGAAGGAUCAGCAGCCGCAGCCGCAGCAGCAGUAGCAGCGGUCAGCACUGCCAACGGCAUCGGAAUUGGAAUCGGAACGGGAACAGGAUUAGGAUCAGGAUCAGGAUCAGGAGUAGGAAAUGCAACAGCAGCGGGCACCGCACUAGGCCCACUGAGCCUGCACACGAAAUCGUCGACCUUCGAUUACCUUUACGAAUUCUCGGAGACGCGCAAAGUGCUGGAGGAGUUCUUCAAGUGCCCCUCCACCGACGAACAGCCCAUCAUGGAAAACGGCAGCGAUGUGGACAGCAUUGAUAUCCAGUACGAGUUCCACAGCAACUUUGAGCGCGACGACGAGGACUUGGUUGAGGAUGAGGAGGCCGAGGACGACGAGGAGGUCGACGACGAUGCCGACGAGGAGAACGACGAGGCCGAGGAUGAGGACGAACCGUUGGAUCAGGAUCUCGACCAGAACUACCGCCAGCAGGCGCCUCCCACCUCCGGCCACGCCCCCGAGCGCCACGCUUACGGGGGCUACGGCCAGCAGUCGCAGCCCCGGCUUACCGCCCAGCCGCUGGGCGUGGGCGGGGGCGUAGCACGGCGGCACUACAGCGGCAGUCCGCUGAUGCGGGACUUCGACUUCUUCCUGGACUCCACCAGCCGGAGCAGCAACGAGCGGGACGGCGACCAGGACGGGCUCAAUCACAACCAGCUGCUGAGCACGGGCAGUGGGCAUGGCGGAGGCGGAGGCGUCGGGGGCGUGGGUGUGGGCGUGGGCCCGGGCGGCGGCCACAACUACCGCUACUCGCCGGAGACCACCGACUACGACUCCAACUGCGGCGAUCUCGACAGUCUGUCGGGUGAGAUGAACGGCGGAGUGUCGACCUCCUGCUCGAACUACGCCAAAUACUAUGCCUCAGCCAUGCCGGUCCUGGAGGAUGGCCUCUCCUCGGGUCACACCAGCGACACCGAGAACAACAACAACAAGAACAAGAACCUGCAGCAGGCACUGCUGGGUGGUGGAGGUGGUGGCGGUGUCGGUGGCGGUGGCGGCGGUGGUGUGUCCAGCGGUCAAAGUCAGUGCCCCACCAGCCUGAGCGGUAGCACCAGUAUCGGCGGCAGCGGCGGCAUCUCCAUGCUGAUGGACAUGAAGCGCAUCUCGACAAACAACAGCCUGAACAGCAUGCACAACCUGACCACCACCACCUCCACCACGGACAGUAUUGGGGGCGUGGCCGUGGUGGGCCACCACCUGAUGGCCACGCCCAGUCCCAGCAACGGGCAAUCGGCGGUGGCAAAGGCUCAGGCUGGUCAGCCGCCAUCGCAGCCGAAGACACUGACCCUGGACCAGAGUCCCAGCAACCACAGCAAAGUGUUCAAGAACAUUGAUCCGGAGUUGGAUUCGCUCUACUCGAUUGGUGUUUUUCACCGUCCGGACACGGUGCAGAUGACGCCACCACCGCCCGCACCGGCGCCGCACCGCAAGCCCAACAACACUGGCAGCAGCAGCAAUGGCAAUGGCAAUGGAAAUGGCAAUGGCAAUGGCGGCGGCAACAACGACGUGGAUCUGCUGCAGCCGAGCAGCAAGCACACUACAUUGGCGGCGGCCAUCAGCUCCACGCUGCAGCGCAGUUCCCCCACCUCGACGGUCACCGGAAAUGGAUGCGGCAACGGAACGGGAAGCGGAAGCGGAAACGGAAAUGGAACGGGAAGCGGCAAGCACCGCAGCGCCGGCAGCACUGGCAGCAGCAGCGGCAACGGGGGCGUGCCACCGCCCAUUCCCGAACGGACCAAUCUUGUGACGGCGGCGGCAUCGCAGCGAUCGCCGUCGCCGGGCUUGAGCUCACCCGUUUGGCUGUCCCGCCACUUGGACGGCGGCGGCGCUGGCAAGGAUCUCCUUGAGUCCGGCUCGGACAAUCACUCGAAGAACCACAGCGCCGACGAGGAGGAUGUGGACACCGAUUUGGAGACGGACCGCCUGCUGGGCCACCAGCGGCUGGACGACCAGGGCUACUACGACGAGAACAAGAGCUGGGACCGCAAGCCGCGAUCGCUGCUCUCCAAGAUCUCGCCCAAGCAGCAAAUGGCGAGCACCAAGACGCGCAACGGCUACAAUGCUCUGCUCAGCUCCACGCCGGAGCUGCCGCCCCCGAUUCCGCCCAAGGGUCAGUCCGGCGGCAAGCUGCUGGACCUGGUGGUUGGCGGCAUGGUGCAGCGCAGCAUAUCGCGCAGCUCGUCGGAGCACAGCGAGAAAUCGCCGAGCAAACAGCCGGGUGCUGGCGUCGAUCUGUGUGGCACUGGCCCCCUAAACGGCACCGUGGAUGUGGUGGCCUCGGCCGUGGCGGCCACUUCGGCAGCGGUGGUGGCCAGUGUCACGCCCGCAAUGGGCAGUCCCGGCAAUGGAGGCGGUUCCGAGAGAUCCGUGGGCGGAGUAAAUGCCGCGGUAGCUGGCAUCAAGAUGACUGAGCCGGAGUCGGGAGCUCUCAACGGAGGCAUCACCUUGCCAGGAUCGGGUUCGGGUUCGGGAUCAGGAUCGGGAUCUGGAGCUGGAGCUGGACCUGGAGCUGGAACUGGAGCCAAUGGAACCGUGGUGGCCAGCAGCAAUGCCAAUGCCAACAGCAACAACAACAACAACAACAACAACGUGGGCAACAGCAACAACAGCAUCAGCGGCAGCAACAGCAACAGCGGCGAGAAAAAAGUGAAAAAGAGUAAGAGCAAAGAAGGCGGCGCAGUGCUCAUCGAGGGCGUACUGUUCAGGGCCAAGUACUUGGGCUCCACGCAGCUGGUCUGCGAGGGUCAGCCCACGAAGUCGACGCGCAUGAUGCAGGCGGAGGAGGCCGUUUCCAGGAUCAAGGCACCCGAUGGCGAUGUGCAGCCCAGCACCGAGGUGGAUCUGUUCAUUUCGACGGAGAAGAUCAUGGUCCUGAACACGGACCUCAAGGAGAUCAUGAUGGACCAUGCCCUGCGCACCAUCUCCUACAUCGCGGACAUCGGCGACCUGGUGGUCCUGAUGGCCCGCCGUCGCUUCGUGCCCCAGGACAUCGAUGAUGCCCCCAGGCCGAAUCGCACGCCCAAGAUGAUUUGUCACGUGUUCGAGAGCGAUGAGGCCCAGUUCAUCGCCCAAUCGAUUGGCCAGGCCUUCCAGGUGGCCUACAUGGAGUUCCUCAAGGCGAACGGCAUCGAGGACCAUCGGUUCGUCAAGGAGAUGGACUACCAGGAGGUGCUCAACAGCCAGGAGAUCUUCGGCGACGAGCUGGAGAUCUUCGCCAAGAAGGAGCUGCAGAAGGAGGUGGUGGUGCCGAAGGCCAAGGGCGAGAUCCUGGGCGUGGUCAUCGUGGAGAGCGGCUGGGGUUCGAUGCUGCCCACCGUGGUGAUUGCCAACCUAAUGAGUUCCGGGGCGGCUGCCCGGUGCGGCCAGCUCAACAUCGGCGACCAGCUGAUCGCCAUCAACGGGCUGAGCCUCGUCGGCCUGCCCCUAUCCACCUGCCAGACGUACAUCAAGAACACCAAGAACCAGACCGUGGUCAAGUUCACGGUGGUGCCCUGCGCCCCCGUCGUCGAGGUGAAGAUCAAGAGGCCGGAGACCAAGUACCAGCUCGGAUUCAGCGUCCAGAACGGCGUGAUCUGCAGCCUGCUGCGUGGCGGGAUUGCCGAGCGGGGUGGAGUUCGUGUGGGCCAUCGCAUCAUCGAGAUAAACAACCAGAGCGUGGUGGCUGUGCCGCACGAGAAGAUCGUUAACUUGCUGGCCACAUCCGUGGGGGAGAUACUCAUGAAGACCAUGCCCACUUCCAUGUUCCGCCUGCUCACUGGUCAGGAAAAUCCCAUAUAUAUUUAAGCCUGCGGGAGGAUAAUAAACGGCGAUUAUUGUUAACUAUAAAAACCUUACAAGGAUAUUACGAUAUUUAGUAUAUAUAUACCUAUGCAUAUAGAGAAAGAAUGAGAGAGGAGGAGUAAAUAUAUGUAUGUAUAUGCGUGUGUACCUAUAUAUAUA